GAGAGAGGGAGGGAGAGGGGGGGAGAGAGAGAGGGAGAAAGAUGUCGUCGUCGGAAUCCAGCAAAGCCAGCGGGCCGGACAGUGAGACCCUGGCCCGGCUGAGGAGCAGCUACAACUUCAUAAAGGCCGGGCUGCCCGUCAGCGGCACCGCCCCCGAGUUUCACAAACCGACCCCCCGCUUCCCACAGAGGGCUAGUGGACGUUUAUUAUCAUCUGUUGACUCUUGUCAGCCCAGUCUACAUGCCUCAGAAACAGGAAAGGAAGGAAUUACCCCAUAUAAAGCUAAAGAUUUAUGCGCCAACCCAAGACCAGCCAAGAAUCUAUUGGAACUGAGAAAAGAACUGGAAAGGCAAACCCAAGAAACGAAAAAACUCCAGGAAGAGGUGGAACGUGCUUCAAAGUUAACAAUGGACAAAUUCAGCUGGACAUUUAACAAGGCUAGAGAUUGCAAUCUUGAUGAAUUAUCAAGUAGCCUCAAUGACACACCAUCAGCAGAACGUUCUAUCACCUCAACCUUCCAAAACCUGAGAUCUCCUUACCGCAGCUCAGUGCUUCAGGCUUCUGUCUCAAAAUGUCCCUUCUCUAAAUCUCCACAGUCAACUAAAUAUGACCUGGAUUUUUUUGUAUCCAGAAAGAAUAUGCCAUCCUUAGGAGCAACGUGUCUAGAUAAAUCAGUAGACAGUUACGAACAUGAGCAUGAUGAAUGUCACGGACAGCAGAAACUUAGCUUUCGACAAUCAAUGAUGGACUUGCAGAAUAAACUACAGGACGUACAGGCAGAGAGAGAUAAUCUUGUUGAUGUCAGACUAAAAGAGAGCCAGGACCACGGAGAACUGAUAAACAAACUGCACACCGCUGUUCAGGACCUUGAGACCGUGAAUCGGAUGCAAGAUGAGACUGUCAGAGAUGCCAACUGUCAGAUUGAGCAACUGAGGAAAAAGGCCCAAGUAUUUGAUGGUGUGCUGAACGAAAUUCGACAGUCGCUAAUGGGGUACGAAGAGAACACUGGCAAGAAGGUGUAUGAACACGAAAACAUCUGCAACAUUCAUGUGCAGAACAUGGGUACAGCGGUGGGAAAAGUCCUGAGGGACUUGGAAGGUGAUAUCGCUUGCCUCAAAGCAAGAAUUUGUCCAAUGGAGGAUCAGUUGAAUUCCCUGAAAUCUGAAACGAAUAGCAAAACCGAAUAUUUGCUUAAACAACAACACGAAAGAGAACAGGCAAAGAAUCAGGCUUCAAUGUAUACACAACAGAUUGCAGAAUUGGAAUCCACGGUCUCACAUCUGCGAUGUGAUUUGCGGGAAGUAAAAAAGAUUCAAGAUAACAGGUCUGAGGAUAUGAACAGGCAAAUAGAACAGUUUCAGUGUGAGAUCUUUGAGGUAAAAAGAGAACGAGAUGAAUUAAGGAAAGAAAUAGACACUCAGAACAAUCUAGUACAACAGUUGAGGAUUGAUUACUGUAAUGUAGAAGAGAACCUGAAGAUUGAAAAAGACAAAAAUCAACAACUCAGAGAUCGUGGUACAAGUAACUGUAUCAAUGUUGAGAACAUGAAGCGGGAAUUGGAUUCCAAAAAUAUGGAAAUACACCGACUAGAUUGCCAUUUGAACACCCUGAAGGAGGAGUGCCAGCAUCAACUGGAGUGUCAAUUAGCGGCAGAAAAGAAAAGGAAUGAGGCUCAAGAAAAGAUUACAUCCUUGUUGAGUGAACAUGAGCGCUUUAAUGAGCAGCAUUGCAAGAUGGUGGAGGAGCUAAGCCGUAAAAAACAGCAGCUGGAAAAGGCCGAGGCAUGCAUCACUCAGAUGAAAGAAAAGGAAAAGUGUUCAGAAGCUGAGACUUGUGACAAAAAUAAAUUGCAAAUGGAACUCGAGGAGAAGAUCCGUCAAAUCCAUAAGAUGAAAGUAGCUGAGGAAAGUAUCUGUGACCAGUUUGAGGAAGCGAUUUCACGGCUGCAGAAAAUACAGUUAGAAAACGAGUCGCUGAAGAAUGAGCUCUACGAGAAAACCAAAAUGCUGAGUGUCCUGCGGCAGGAAAUGCAAACCAUUGCCGACAUGACCUCGCAACAGAGUCACGCUUCUGAGGAGUUGCAGGCUGAAAAAACACAACUUCUAAGUGAAGUAGCCACUCAAAAGUGUAAGAUUCAGGAGUUAAAGGCUGAUUUGGAAAGGAAAGAUGUGCAAAUCCAAAAGCUACAGCUUUGUAUGAGUGAGCUGGAAAAGGAGAAGGUGAAGCUAAUAAACGAUGCCACUGAUAAGAUGUCUGAAUUGAGAGACCUUCUUCAGAAUAAAGACCAGCUUUCAAACGAGCUGAAUGUUGUCCAGACCCAAAUGUGUUGCCUAAAAGAGGAACAUAAUCAGUUGAAGAGGAGUUUGACCAACAAAACUGACGAGUAUGAAUGGAACACAAGCAAAAUAAAGACUCAGUUGCAAACUGCCCUAUGUGACCUGGAGCAAGCAAGAGAGGCGAUGAAGGUCCUUGAAGGAGCAGAUACUCAUGCAAUGAAAGUUGCCAUGGGGAUGCAAAAACAAAUCACCGCCAAGCGGGGACAGAUAGAUGCCCUACAAAGCAAGAUUCACUUCCUGGAGGACAGUCUGGAGAAUUGUGACAAGGAGAAAUGUUAUUUGAAAGAAGAGAAGGUUCGGCUGACGAAAGAACUCUCUUGCUUAGUAUCAGAAAGGAACAAAAUUGCUGCAGAGCUUGACGUUAUGAAAUGUCAGGAAAAGCGUUUGCGGGAACGACUGAUCAAAGUAGAGACCACUCUGGAGAAGACCAGUCUCCAGUUUUCUGAUUGUCAGUCAGUUAUUCAGCGUCAAGAACAAGACUUCAUGCGUUUAAAACUUCAGCACGCCUUGGAAAUAAAGGAGCUCCAAGGUCCAGGUUAUAAUAUUGGUGUUGGCCAACGAACCUCUACUGGUCCCCAUUGCUCUUCUGUCAGUGGUAAUCCGACAUCUUCCAGGCCAUCCUCAGGAUACCUGUCAUUUCCAGUAUGCAGGAAAAGUUGUUUCCAAGAGGACUUGAAUUCAGACCCGAAUAAUCUUCAAUUGGACCUGAAGGAUACAUUCUGUGAUGAACACAGCAAAAUGUCAAACAAAAAUGACACAAAUGAGUGCGAACCAGAAUGGUCAUCAAGGAAAAUGCAUGCUGUUGAUGACUUGAGUACAGAUUUCUGUGCGGAAAGAAGAACGCAAGACUCCUUCAGAGAUCAACUAACGUGCACUGAGGAACUAAAUGAAUAUACGUGUAAUGACACCUUAACUUGCAAGGAGGACUCAUUGCAAUUUGCUGCUUCUUGCACAUUUCCCCGGCGUCAGCAUUUUCCAGACAGAUCUCCAGUGUCCUCAUUGCUCACAAACACACUAAGUGACAGCAGAAGAGAAACCUCAGCUCCUGAUCCGUAUCACACAAGAUUCAGCUACACCCCACAUUGUUCAGAUCAUGAAGUUCACUUCCCAGCUCCGAACCAGGUGGGAGUUACAGGACAUACCUGUAAGAAACUGCAGAGUAAACUGGAUGGCCUGCAGAAUCUAGUGGAAGAUCUUCAGCUGAAGAAUCAUGAAAUGUCCUCCAUGAUCAGAAGUCAGGAAAAGAGGAUAAAGAGAGUAAAAGACAGAGAAAAAAUGCUGAAGAAGUGAAGUGCAAGUUUGUUUCCUCCCGCUUUCUCUCCUCCCCCCCCCCCCCACUUACUGUGCAUGAUGUUGGACUCUUGGUGCAAAGCGUCAAUAAAAUCUGCUGCUGCUGCAA